UGCGAAUGGCGGCCGCCAUAUUUUAGCUCUUGUUCACCAAGCCAAGCAUGGAAGACGUAAAAUAUAGUGGGACAGUUUUGGAGCCUGGAAAGCAAAGCGCCUCUUGACGCAGACGAUGGAGCAGCCACCGCCUUUCCUCGACCACCCUCCCAGGUAUGUCCCUCUUCCCCACCACCGUCCUCCACCAAACCACUCCGAAGACAUCAAUUUCUACCCCCAUCUACUUCCCCCUCCCCCACCACUACCACCGCCGCCGCCUUAUAAUAACCACCAAUCGCACUUCCCUUUCCCCAAUCACCCCCGCCCGAUCGAGGACCAUCUUAGAAUCCCCCCCUCCCGCCACCUCCUCCGCCCGCCGCCGCCUAAGAUUUUCGAUAAAAACUUUGCCAAUUCCUUCCCAAUUUCCCGCUCUGACUCCUCCUGGAUGGACCCGCCUAGGGUUCCGCUCCAUAAUCUUAUCCAAUUUGAUAACCCUACUAGUCAUGUUCCAGAUUCUAGUCUUAAGUUUAGAGAUGAUUUCAUUGACGACGUUGGAUUUAAACCUGAUCAUGAUGAUGAAGAAUUCUUAAGGAAUAAUACCAAUGAUGUUGAUACUAGUUAUCGUAUCCGCCGUAACCAUCUUUACGAACCUCAUUCUAGCGGAUCUUCUAGGAACUUUGCAUUUGGUGAUUCACAUUUUUGUAGCCCUAAUAAAAAAUCGAGAGAUUAUGGGUCAACUGUGGGAAGUUAUCAGUCUUUUCGUGGUUUCGCGAUGGACAAUGAUAGGAUUAGGAGUAAUGGUAGUGACGAAAAUAGGCGAUGGGUUGGUCAUGCUCGGCCGCCUUCCAGAAGUUCAUCUGAUGCUUGUCCCAUGGAUGGUGAGAACAAAGCUUUUGAUAAUUUCAGUGGGCUCCAAAUUGGGUUCUCCAGAAGGGUGCCUAAUGUUUAUGAUUCUGGUAAAUUUAGGGGUAGUAGAGAAGGUAACCAAGAAUUUCGUCAAAGUCGCAGAAAGGAAAUAGAGAGGACGAGUGCCUUACGCAGGAUUCAACUUCGUAAGUCUACUAAGCGUAAUAGAAAUGGUGAACAAAAAUUUCCUGCACUUUGCUCUAAUGAUUCAGGCCCCAGUACCUUUAGAAGUAGAGGUCCCGUUGUUCAUACCGAUACCAGAGUGGAGCCAGAUGGAGAGGGAAGCCCAGUGGAGCUUGAUGUGUCGUUCAAAUCUAAUGCAUUGGUAGCCAAGGCUAUUGUGGCCUCUCCAAGUUGUGGAGUCAAAUCUAAUAGGAAACUCCCGGGGCCAGAGUUAGACCAUUCAAAUUCACCACUAAGCAAAUCGAACAGCUCCACAAAUGGUUUUGAUUGUCCCGCUAUUUCUUACAAGAAAUCAAAGCAGUCAGGGGGGAAUAUUAAGGAUCCUGGUGGUCGAGAUGUGUGUGAUAUUUUUUCACAACCUUCUUCACACCACACAUUGGAGUUACCUGGAAGAAACAAUAUGAAAGAGCCUUUUUCAGAUAAGGGUGUCGAUACUAUUGGCUCAGUUGGGACAUCUUCACUUGGGGUUAAGAAGAAGGAAGUCAACUCAUAUGUAUUAAGGUCACUGGCGAUGGACAAAAAUGUUGAUCUCGUCAAAGAGAAUAGAUCCCUUAGUGGUCCACCCACAGCCUCACAGGUUGGUGAGGACAGUAUGCAUUCAAGAGAGCAAAAUGCAUCAGCUGGUAUGGUUUUGGUGCACAAUGUUGAUAUGAAACCUUCUCCAAAUGAAGUAACUGCGUUCCUGGAUCAUAUUAUAGAGAAUUAUACUGCGGGGUCUAUAGUUUCAGAUAAAGAUGGAAGUGAAGUUGAUUCUGGUGGAUCUCAUGUCCAGAAUAGUAAGACAACAAGAAAAAGCUCUACCCGUCCUUUUGGUUCUUCAAAUCCUUUAAAAAUCAAUGUUGACGAGGGUACUGUCAUAGCAGAUACAUCAAUUGAUUUGCAGACCAUUUCAUAUUAUGCCAGGGGUCCAGCUGAAUUACAAAAUGGAAGUGAUUUUACUGGUAGUGGUCAGGUGGGUGAUUUUAGCCACAAGAUUGAACCUCCUGUAUUUCUUCAGAAUGGUUUCUUAAAAGGACAGUUAGAGGCUAACAAUAUUUCUAGUCCAGAGGAAAUCAGAAGUGAUGGGGUUCCUGUCAAUUUACUCACCACUGUUAGUAAUGUACAUAAUGAUUUGAGUUCCGACAAUGGACUUCUUAGAGGGCAACUGAAAAUUACUGUUUCAGACACUGAUGCUGUGGGCACUGAUUCCAUGUUUAAUGAGGCUACUGUAAUGGCAGGAAGUGUUGAUGUGGAAGGAUUUCCUAGGGCUGUUCCUUUAGUUGAAAGCAAGGCUAUUGUGGGUUUAGAGGAAACCAGUAUCCAGGAGGGUGUCUCUGAUGGAUAUAGCUCCAAUGAUUCUGCAACUACCACCUCAGGUUCUGACAAUGGUUCGAGAAAUUCUCAAAGCAAGUUUUCCUUUUCUGGGAAUGGUUACCUUGAUGAUACUAGCAAGGAAUCAGAUCCUGAUAGUGCCACUGUAUUGCAUGAGAAUGUUGCCUUGGAAGGAGCUCCAAAAGCCACGAUGCUAGUGGGAGGUGAUCUACAUGCUGGUUUUGAGAAGGGGUGUACAUCUAAUAAGAGGAAAGAUAGCAGUCACCGUUUGCCAAGUCCAAGCUCAUGUGACAUGCCUGAGAAUCCUGUAGGUACAACUUUGAGUUUUCCUGCCAUGGAUCUUAAUUUUGCAGAAGAGGAUCUGCUGGGUGCUGGGAACUUUAGUGCUGGCUCUCAAAGCUGUACAGACAAGGACGGGAUUGUGCGUGGUUACAGUCCAAUUAAAGGUUCAGUUGACAAUGAUGUUUCAGGAAAAGGAAGUAUCAGGAUUAGCCAAUAUACAACUUCUUCCAAGUAUACAAAGAAGAGGAAAAUCUCUGCACCAGUUUCACCUUUGCCAAUGCUGUCUGAGACCCAGGAGGAGAGCUCUAAUGCUGGUACCUUCACUUCGAGUGUGAAACUGCCUUCACUUAGAGACAUGAUGUGUAACAUUCACCAAGAGGAUUCUAGAUUUCCAUCUUGUUCAGAGUCUUGCCCUGUGUUGCUUGAAAAUUCUAAGGCAGGAGCCUCAUUUGAGGCUGUAGCCUUUGUGGGAGAGGGCCGUUGUAAUAAUGUUUCAGAACUUGAGCAGAACGAAAAAAGUGAUCUGGUUAUGACCAUAGAGAAUGCUUUUGGUAACGAAAAAGGAGGUAGGGGUAAGUCUGUGGAGGAGCCUGGAGUGCUUCGAACAGAGAUUGUUCAGCAGAGAAGUCCGGUAGAAAUUCAAACUCUAGACAGAGAUCAGAGCCUGCCUUUUAAAGAUGUGGAAUGUGACGCUGAUUUGUUUGUUAAGAAUGGUUUGCCCUCUGUCUUAAACACUCUGUCUUUAUAUGAACAUGAUGACAGUGUCCCCACUUCCGAUUUGCACGAUGCAGUCAUGGAGUCUGCACCUGAUAAACUAUUCAACAUGGACACUAAAGGAACACCAUCCACUGCCACUGCAUCAAAGAUUGUCAAUACUGAAAUAACACUUGGUCAAGUACUGAAUGACAAGGGUUACGUGCAUGAAAGAAAACAAGAUGAAAAGCUUGUCCUUGAAGAUCUUUUGUCGUCAAACUUGUUGAAUACAUCUCUGCAGAAUACCACAACCGACAAGAAACCAGGUCAUGCAGUGGGAAGUGUUUCCUCAAAAAACACUGAGGUGGGGCCUCAGGAUGCUAGAGAAACAACUGAUGGUUUGAAUUCUAUGAAUAACACGAGAAAGAACCAAUUGGCUUCAGUAGUCCCUAGCAUUUUUCCAGGUCAUUUGUUAAAGAAAAUGGCCCCGUCAAGCCACAGAACAAAACCAAGAACGUGGCAUCGAUCUACGAAUCCCUCUGCUUCGUCUCAUCUGGGGAAAAGCUCAUAUCCAAACCCUUUUCCUCCACAAGGGCAGCAGGCUUCAAACAUCGGAAAGGAUCAAACUGCUGCUUACAUUCGUAAAGGUAACAGUCUUGUGAGAAAACCUUCUCCAUUUGCUGCUCCUACUGUCUCUCAUGGUUUGACUUCAUCUGUCUAUCGGUUGUACCCUCUGAUUGUAAACGAAAUAAAGGAAAAGACAGGACCGGACGCUACUCUUGAAAGGUCCAAAACACCACCAUUACCCUGCAGCACCAAUUUAUCAAAUUGCAUGAUCUCUUCACCAUUGGCAGAUCCUCCAUCAAAUGGUUGCUCUGAAACUGACUCAGAUCCAUUAACACGAAAAGUAAAUGCGGACGUGUCAAAGGUUUACCAUGAUGCUCCAAAUUCUACAGGUGCUAGUGAAUAUCAAAAUGGUCAAAUCAACAACUCUGUGACCCAGAGUGUGCAAGAUGAUAUAAACUCAGUGUCUAGGGAAUUGAAGAAGAUAUUGUAUGUAAAGAGAAAAUCAAAUCAGUUGGUUGCAGCUUCAGGUUCUAGUGAUGUGUCUCAUCAGAAUGUUGACAAGACUGACGCCCCAUCCUCCAGUGGUUACUAUAAAAGGAAAAAAAACCAGAUCAUCAGAAAGUCGUUCAAAAUCACUCAAAAAGUGGGCUUGCCUGAUGAUAUGUUAAUCUUAGAGGGGAAAAAGGCUCUACCAGUUAUUCAAAGCAGUUCUAGUGGAGGGCGGUCUGGUAAAGGUUUGGGAAAGACGUAUAAACCUUCAAAAUCCUCAUUGGUGUGGACACUACGUGGUGCACAGUCAUUAAAGAAAGACAAUACAUUGAUACAUCAGGUGUGGCCACACCUUUUUCCGUGGAAAAGAGCAACUUACCGGAGAAGUUUAAUGCAUGCAUCAGCGUCCACUCCUAAUACUUCCUUAUCUACAAUCAGCCGGAAAUUGCUGCUUUCGAGAAAAAGGGAGACUAUUUACACAAGGUCUACCCAGGGAUUUUCUUUGCGAAAAUCCAAGGUAUUAAGCGUUGGUGGGGCUAGUUUGAAGUGGUCAAAAUCCAUUGAGAGGAAGUUAAAAAAGGCAAAUGAGGAAGCUACACUAGCUGUGGUUGCAGUAGAAAAGAAGAAAAGAGAACAGAAUGGUGCUGGUGUUGUUACAACUGGAGCAAAAAAUAGAAACCGUUCUUCCCGUAAGUUGGUUCAUAGUAUAGAGCUAUGCCCAGGAGAGCGUAUAUUCCGUGUUGGUUCCGUCCGAUACAAAAUGGAUCCGACAAGACGGACACUUCAGAGGAUUUCAGACGAGGAGUCGUCAAACUCAGCUGCUCUCCAACAUGGUGCAAAGAAAUCUGCUGUUCCAAAGAGGUUACUGAUUGGCAAUGACGAGUAUGUACGAAUUGGCAAUGGUAACCAGUUAAUUCGAGAUCCGAAAAAACGAACGCGAAUAUUGGCAAGUGAGAAAGUACGAUGGAGUUUACAUAAUGCCAGACUGCGGUUGGCUAGAAAGAGGAAAUACUGUCAGUUCUUCACGCGGUUUGGAAAAUGUAACAAGGACGACGGAAAAUGUCCUUAUACUCAUGAUCGCUCUAAAAUCGCGGUUUGCACAAAAUUUUUGAAGGGUUCAUGUUUGGAUAUCAACUGCAAAUUGACCCAUAAGGCCAUUCCCGAAAGAAUGCAAGAUUGUUCUUAUUUUCUUCAAGGUUUAUGCACCAACGAGAGUUGCCCUUAUAGACAUGUCAACGUGAAUCCAAAUGCUUCUAUUUGUGAAGGUUUUCUCAGGGGCUAUUGUGCUGAUGGAAAUGAGUGCCGAAAGAAGCACAGCUAUGUCUGCCCCACUUUUGAAGCAACAGGAAUUUGUACUGAAGGGUCCAAAUGCAAGCUUCACCAUCCAAAAAAACGAAACAAGGGAAAGAAGACAGAUACUUCCAAGGAACAGAAGAAUACUCGAGGGCGUUACUUUGGCUCCAAGCAUAUUGAUACAUUGGAUAGAGGAACAGCAGUGUCUGGAAGGCACUCUGCAAAGGACAGUGAUGACAUUUUCUAUCCAGAAGGAAGAUUUGCUGAUUAUAUCGAUCUAGGUUUUUUUGAUGAAGAGGCUGCAGAAACUAAUGAUUCGGCGGGCAAGAAAACGACUACAGCCUCCAGUGAUGAUGGCCCUAUGGACAUGCAUCAAGAUGACGAUAUGCUAAUUAAGCCCAUCAACUUGAUGAGUAGAAGUAUGAAAGAAUCGCCUCCAGCCAGUGACAGUCCAAGGGAGACGACUGCAUUUAAUAUUUCGGAGGAGUUGAGCUUUAGAUAAAGGUUAUGGAGAGGUAUAAUCAUCUUUUUGUGCAAGUGAAGAUCAAUUUUGAUGUCUUUUGUGUGUUAUGCUAGUUGUGAUAUAGUGAUUGUUGUUUGAAGAUAAAGAUGAUUAAUCUGAAAAAGAAAAGAACGAUUGGAAAACAAAGAACAAGUUGUAUAUGUAAAGAAAUUGAGCAAUGAAAUUUUAUUAUUGUUA